CGUUAUAAUGGGACGUCACAUAAUCGUUCAAGGACCCACAUAAAGCUUUAUUGACUGUGAAGAUAUCACACACAUUCAUGUUAUAUUCAACCUGCAUGUUAACCGUACAUUUUGUUUUUUAGGAACAGAACUCUAAAAGACCACGAAAUUGUGCACACUGUGGAAAGACCCUUAACUCAAGUUUCCUCGAAUGAAUGCGAGAUGAAACAGAGGGAUAGUGAAGAAGCACGUGAUGGAACAAACAGGCCUUCAUGCUUCAAGGGAAGGCUGUCCUGCGUCCUGACACAUCUUAUAGCUGUAGCCUUAAAUGCACUACUUAUGUUAGACACCUUUCAUUUGCCUAUGGCACUGCAUAAUGCGAGCCACAAAGGGAGGGAUAAAACAGUGAUAUUCAAGCACGUCACUGGUCCACACCAUACUCCAUGAUGAGGCACAAAGCACUGACCAGGAGAUUUGACUGUCAAGUACAGUUGGAAGCAGUUCACAAACUUGAGCUCCCUCGUGAUGUAAAAGUGAUAGUUUUGGAUGUAGCAAGUGAAUCCGAGGACAGGGAAGAUCUUGAAGUAAUCUGUUUCUUGCACGACACACUGCUGAAGGGUGAACUGUUACCAGGCUCUGUGGCGAACAAUGACCAUCUCACCAGGAUCAGCAGAAACAUGCAUGAGAAGAAACUGACACUGACUGGAAUAACUAGUAAACUAUGGCUUCAGUACCUGUCUAUGGUUGACAUAAUAUAAUGGAAUGCUUUCUGAAGGCUGAGAGAACUGGAAACUGACUUCUUCGCCUGUCAGCUGUACAUAUCUUGCUGUAGCUGGACACAACUUGUAUACAAACUCCGCCUAUCUGUACCUGCAACACACUUGACAAAAGGAAUUCCGUUGUCCACAAAAGCUUCUUGGAUGGACACCGUGUUGUGAGACGAAGCAACAGAUACUGACCUGACAAUUGAUCAGACUUGAUCAUGACUGAGCAGACUCUGGUGCAGGUGGGCUCACUUGAGGGACAGUGAUAACAGUCACAACGUGUAAAGUGGGUGCUUUCCAUGCCAGCAUGUUGUCAUAUGAAGCUUCAUGCAGGAAGUCACUGGCACUCUACGAUCUACGAGCGAUCAGCACACAGACUUGGGAUCCACACGAUCUAGAAACUAUACCGAUGUUUUCCUUGUCUGGGUUUGGUGACCAAUCACAGUUGAAAUGGGCUGGUUUCAACAAAGAAUUUGAUCCAAUGUUUGCCAGUGAUUACUCACCAUCGAAAGGACCUGGUUUCAGGAGAGAAUUUGAUCCAGUGUUUGCCAGUGAUUACUCAUCAUCGAAAGGACCUGGUUUCAGGAGAGAAUUUGAUCCAAGGUUUGCCAGUGAUUACUCACCAUCGAAAGGACCUGGAUUCAGGAAAGAUAUCUCUCCUGUGAAGCCAUCCAACAGACAGGGCAAGAAGGCGCUGAAGGCCUCAAUACAGAAACUGGCCUCGCCCACCCACCCCACUGUGUCGCCUAGACUCCCUGACCUGCAUCCCAGUAGAAGUGGGUCUCGGAGCAGACACUUGCAGCCCAGUUUUCAGCGCCUUGAAGCCCAGCUGCGAUCUGUGUCGUUUUCCCACGGCGGACUGUUGAACGUUGUGAGGAAACGCACAGAAGACAUGGUGAACAUCAACAAAGAAAUGAUCCAAUUGAUGCGUGCCAGGGACGAGGUCAUGAUUCAACUUAAAAAUGGACUCCUCGAGGCAAUUCAUUGCAAUCAGUUCCUUCGAUCAAACUUCAAACAGCAGUAUCAUCAACAGCCCCAGCCCCAGCAGUAUUCACACAACCCGCCACCAUCUACCACUGCGUCUUCCACUAAACCUAAGCCACCUACCCCACCUCCAAAGCCAGUGAUAACAAAGCAAAUGCAGACUCUUCAAGAUGAUUCAGAGGUUGAAUUCUUGUUUGAGGAGAAGGCGACUGAAGAACAAGUCGCACGAGCACGGAAGUUCUUGUUACCCGAUCACUUCUACUUGUACGAGAACAAACCACCCUGCCCCGGCUGCAUUGGUUGUGAAGACGAAGAUCGCGACAAAGAUACAACUGAUGCCAGCUUAUCAGAGCUGUUUCAGAGAAUGAAACUUGUUUGAUAUGUUGUGAAUACAGGGAUUAUAGAGGUGGUGUCGUAUUAACAUGGGUAACAAUUCGUUAAAGCGUUACAUUUUGUUUCAUGAUUAUAGCCCUUUUUCAACAAGCCAUAAACCACUUUAUCUAUGGACACAAUUUUGUGGGGAUAGUUUCAUAAUCAACACCAAUACUAGUAGAUAUAUUGGAUCUUGGUAAUAGUUUCAUAAUCAACACCAAUACUAGUAGAUAUAUUGGAUCUUGGUAAUAGUUUCAUAAUCAAAACCAAUACUGGUAUAUAUAUUAAUUAUUGGUGAUAGUUUCAUAAUCAACACCAAUAUUGGUAGAUAUAUUAGAGAUAGUUUUAUAAUCAACACCAAUAGUAGUAGAUAUAUUGGUGAUAGUUUUAUAAUCAACACCGAGACUAGUAGAUAUAUUGGUUAUUGGUGAUAGUUUUAUAAUCAACACCAAUACUAGUAGAUAUAUUGGUGAUGGUUUAAUAAUCAACACCAAUACUACUAGAUAUAUUAGGGAUAGUUUCAUAAUCAACACCAGUACUAGUAGAUAUAUUGGUGAUGGUUUCAUAAUCAACACCAGUACUAGUAGAUAUAUUGGUGAUGGUUUCAUAAUCAACACCAGUACUAGUAGAUAUAUUGGUGCUGUUUUUAUAAUCAACACCAAUACUAGUAGAUAUAUUAGGGAUAGUUUUAUAAUUAACACCAAUACUAGUAGAUAUAUUGGUGAUGGUUUCAUAAUCAACACCAAUACUAGUAGAUAUAUUGGUGAUGGUUUCAUAAUCAACACUAAUACUAGUAGAUAUAUUACUAGAGAUAGUUUUAUAAUCAACACCAAUACUAGUAGAUAUAUUGGUUAUUGGUGAUAGUUUUAUAAUCAACACCAAUACUAAUAGAUAUAUUGGUCAUGGUUUUAUAAUCAACACCAAUAGUAGUAGAUAUAUUGGUUAUUGGUGAUAGUUUUAUAAUCAACACCAAUACCAGUAGAUAUAUUGGUGAUGGUUUAAUAAUCAACACCAAUACUAGUAGAUAUAUUAGGGAUAGUUUCAUAAUCAACACCAGUACUAGUAGAUAUAUUGGUGAUGGUUUCAUAAUCAACACCAAUACUAGUAGAUAUAUUGGUGAUGGUUUCAUAAUCAACACCAAUACUAGUAGAUAUAUUAGUGAUGUUUUUAUAAUCAACACCAAUACUAGUAGAUAUAUUGGUGAUAGUUUCAUAAUCAACACCAAUACUAGUAGAUAUAUUGGUGAUAGUUUUAUAAUCAACACCAAGUACUAGUAGAUAUAUUGGUUAUUG